UACAGACAGCAUUGUGCUUUGGUGUGAAGCGGGAGGCUGUGUUUUGCUUCUUUUCUCUUGCAGCGCUCACUGUUAAAGAAUGUAAACGAGUUUGUGGCGCAGAGGUUUGGAAGUAGUGAACUACAAUGGGACCCAAGAAGCCACAGAAAGCUGUUAGGCCUAAACAGAAGGAAUCCAGGUUUAAGAAAACCUCUAAAAGUCUGGAGACAUUUACGUGUGAAGUCCAUGAAGCUCUACAUGCUAGUAUACAGAGGGACGAUGAAGUGGAAGACAGAGAGGCUAAGGUGAAGUUCCCCUGCCCACUGGCGAUGUGGGAUUUAGGACAUUGUGAUCCAAAGAGAUGUACAGGUCGGAAGCUGGUACGAAAAGGUCUGGUCAGGAGCAUUCGUCUAAACCAGAGGUUCAAUGGGCUCAUUCUAAGCCCUAUGGGCACUCUGUACGUCUCCCCCGCUGACAAACAGACAGUUGCAGACGGUGGCGUGGCGGUCAUUGAUUGCUCCUGGGCUAAGCUGGAUGAGACGCCGUUUUCCAAAAUGAAAGGAAGCCAUCCUCGCCUGUUGCCGUAUCUGGUGGCUGCAAACCCCGUGAAUUAUGGGCGUCCGUGCAAACUGUCUUGUGUAGAAGCUUUUGCUGCAACGUUCUGUAUAGUAGGAUUUCCAGAACUGGCCACAAUUCUACUACGGAAGUUUAAAUGGGGAAAAGUCUUUCUUGAACUAAAUAAGGAUCUACUUGAGCGAUACAGCAAGUGCCAGGAUGUGGAGGAGGUAAAGAAGGUAGAAGCGGAGUUCCUGGCUGGUGCAUACAAUACAGAGGAGGAAGAAAUAGAUCCAUUCGAUGUUGAAUCUGGAAGAGAAUUUUCUAAUCUUAACAGAGUCAUCAGCUCAAAAGGAUUGACAAAUGAAGAUGAGGAGAGUGAGAAUGAUGACAGCGAUGAUGCUGCAGAUGAAGAUGAGGAAUGGCCACACUCCGGAGAGAAGAGUGAUGAUGAUGAAGAGGACUCCGCAGUCGCUAGUAAUUCUGUUAUUUGGAAAGGAGUCAAAAAGAGACUUAGAGACUAAAAGGCUGCAAUUUCAAAUAUUACUGACGCUCUAUGAAAUGUAUACUAUUUAUGCAGUAUUUUUGUAGACUAGCUGUUUAUAAAUGAAAUGGUUUCAGUAAUUGCAGUGUACAGGUGACUGGUUUCAAUAUAAUCCCAUAAGUGUGCUUGCAGAGGGAUAUAGGGGGUAAUUCAGACUGGAUUGCUGCAGCGUGCGCACCUUGAUAGGCCAGUGAGAUGCUAACAGCAUCUCAGGGCUGCGAUAGCCUCUGCCUGAUUGACAUCACACGCAGCCGCUGUCACCCGGGACGCGGCGAGUAGCCUCCUGCCAGUGCAGCUAUGCUGCACAGCAUGGAGUUAAUAAGCGGGAGCCAAAGCAUCGCCGCCAUGCAAUGCUUUUGCACCCUUGGGGUUUGGGCCUGACAUGCGGGGCCGACUAGCCCUGUACAGGGCGUCCCCCCCCCCCCCCCCCCCCCCCCAUGUCAGAGAAAAUGAUCGUUACGAUCAGAUCUGAAUUGCCCCCAUAGUUCUUUGUCUGUGUCAGACUGUGGUGAUAAAGACCUCACCCGACGUGCAUGUCCGUGUUUCCUGUCUCACUUGGUGCUGCAACGUCCAUACAAACUCAGAGAAUGCUAUAGACCAGGCCUGGCCAAACUGUGGCUCUCCAGCUG